AUGGCCGAGAUUGCAGCUGCAGAGGAACAACUUGGAUUCGAGCCCGAACCGCCAGCCCUGAACUACAGUCUAUGGGAUCGCAAAUGGUACAUCGCAUUGUUUUGGGGGUUGAUCCUGAUCGAUGUCAUCGCGCAACCCAUCGCACUAUAUUUCGGUUUGUGGUAUGGCACAGACCUAUCACCCAAUGUCGUAUUCUCCAUCAUCACCGCAGCGCUUGGAGGUGUCAGUAUCUUCGAGUACUUUAUACGCUUCUGGAGACUAUGGAAGAAGAACAGCACCUGUCGGGUCAUCGGAGCGCGUAGGAUGUAUCUCGAUUGGUUCCAUUGGAACUUCAGUCUCGGCUGGAUCAUUAUCAUGAUCGAGCUCAUCGUCGGCACCGUCCCCGAACACCCACCCAUUCGCCUCCUCGCCAUGCCUCUGGCCAGUAUGCUCUACGCCUUCGGCACCGAACUCCUCAUCGUCGACGCCCUCCGCUACUUCGAAGUCCCCGCCCCUGUCCGCAUCUCCUCCAUCCCGAAGGGCGCUCAACUACGCCCCGCAAUCUACUCCAUCAUCGAAGACAUCGUAGCCGUCGACGGCAGCGGCGGCACCGCCUUCCGCGAAGCGCUCAACAAGCGCUAUGAAGCCUCACACGUCUUCCGCGCCAUGCUGCGCCGCCUCGGCGCAUUCUGGGCGUUCGGCUGCGAAGCCAUGGCCGUGCUGACGACCAUCCUCGUCUUCACCAUCCAGCACGAAGCCGCCUACUGCGUCGGCUGGAGCAUCCCCUUCAUCUGGGCCGCCGUGUGGACAUUGGUGACGUAUUUCUACGUCAAGAGAAAGCUCAGAGAGGAGCAGAAGGCCUGGGCGGACGAGAUCGCCGAGAAGCAGGGGGCGAUUGCGCUGCAGAACACCGCUUCGGAGUAG